AACUCUUAAAUCAUUUAGCCAAUGCAACGCGUUGCAGGGAACAAACAAUAAACAUAUUCAUUUAGGAUAAAUUAUAUUUUGUUGCAUCAGGGGUGGAUACUGGGACGGACCGUUAUUCCCCAGGAGUUGCUCAUUUCCCUCCUCCGCACCAUUCGAGCAAGACAUGUCGCACUGUUUGGGUACCUGUCGUUUCAGCGAUGGCUGUUGACUGUCGGACUUUCGCCAGCUUCCAGCAAUUGUACUGAGUAGAUACAUCAAUUGUUUAAUGAAUGGAACACGUUUAUCCUGUUAGUAUUUGAAAGAGAGGAGAGAAAAGUUUUGUGCAAACUUUUGGCACCUUCCCUCGGGAACGUCGCUAGUGACCGGAGCUGUCUCGCUUUUCCCCCUUUCUGUGCGUCUGGAACUUUCUGAUUCAUCGGAAGGAAAGAUGACUCUUCUCUGCACACUGGGGCUCGCAGCGGUCGUGCUUUUCGGAGCGGUAGACAGCAGGGGGAUUCUUGAGGGUCUACAGAGGUAUGGCCCCAUGCCCACUUACUUGCCCGUCAGCUACCAGGUCCUCAACGCCGAGGCUGCCUUCUUUCUGAAGGAGGCCAACCAGGACCUGAUGAGGAACUCCAGCCUGCAGGCCAGGACCGAGCCCUUCUUCAUCCAGCAGGCCCGCCGGAUGCCCUCCAUCAACGCCAGCUACGGACCCAUGUCUGUCCAGCAAACCAUCCCCCUGGAGCUCCUACAGAGCCCCGGACCCUUCAAUGGACCCUCUUUCAACUCCCCGUCAUCGUCCAUCUCCUCUUCUUCUCCGUCCCUUUUCACCUACAAUUGGAAGGUCCAGACCUUCAUCAUCAGUGAGAGGAUCCACCCCAGUUGGCCCAAAGUGCAGGUGUUGUUCUAUGUGGUGGGCAGGGACUGGGAUGACUACACCACCAUCCACAGGCUUCCCUGUGUCCGGAUGUUUGCCUUCCACGAGACCCAAGAGGUGCGGGGCAUGUGUCGUCUGAAGGGGGAGCUGGGGAUGUGUGUGGCCGAGCUGGAGCCCCUGGCUAGCUGGUUUAACCCCUCUACCGUGAGGCACGGCAGGCAGAGAGCUCCGGAGCAGGCCCAGGGCACCCCUGUGGAGCUCUACUACAUGGUACAGUCCACAGAGACUGGGGAGUGCAGCUCAGAGGACUUACGAAAGGGAAGUUCCAUGCGCACAGAGCACCAGGGGCCCAUGGGGUACUUCUCAGGGCCCACACCCAUGCAGCGUAUAGGGAGCGUGCAUCUGUUCCAGCCCUUGUCAGAGCUAAGGCUAGACAGUAACUUUGUGGUGAUGGUGCCCUCUAAACCAAUCAGACAGAGGGAGACGGUCUCCACCUUCCUGGCUCUCUCCACGCUGUCACCUGUACAGAUCUUCACCCUGAGGGUGAAGUUGAAGGAUGGCGUGGCGUUUCUGGGGGCGCGGGCCAGUAACCCAGUCCUGUGGACGGUGAGUCAGGACGUGAGGAGCGAGGGGCACAGGGUCGUCACUCUCCACUGUCACCGCAAUGAGAACACCUUUGGUCAGAGGCUGGAGGCGGGUUACCAGAGGGUCCUCCAGGUGGAUCUGGAGGUGAACGGGCUACUGGACCCGCUGGGCAGCCGGGUGGUUAUGUGGCAGGUGGAGUACCCUCCUACACGCUCCAUCACUGAUGAGGUCCAGACCGUCAUCCGCCUGGCACCACAGGACUUGGGUGGCAUUGUGCCACUGGCAAUGGACACUGAGAUUCUGAAUACAGCUGUGCUCACCGGGAGGACAGUUGCCGUGCCAGUAAAGGUGGUCACCGUAGGAACAGACGGCACAGUUACGGAUGUAACAGAGUCGGUAGAGUGUCGGUCGACCGAUGAAGAGGUGGUCAAGGUGUCGGAUCGUUGUGACUAUGUGUUUGUGAACGGGAAGGAGACGAGGGGGAGGAUGAGGACGGUGCUCAACUUCACCUACAGCUACCUGAGCGCCCAGCUGGAGAUGAGUGUGUGGAUGCCCCGCCUCCCCCUGGUCAUCGACGUGGCUGACCCCGAGCUCAGCCAGAUCAAGGGCUGGAGGGUCCCGGUGGCGACCGGCAACAAGAGGUAUGAGAGUGUGAGUGAGGAUGAUGGUGAUGAAAGUGACAGUGAGAGGACAGAGAGUGGCUGUGUCCCCCAGUACCAGAGCACAACGGUGCGGGUCCUCACACACUUUGUGGCCCUGGGAGUUGAUGGAAAUGGCCAACAGGACUUCUUGCUGGGCAGUGAUUGGCAGGUGGACGUGACUGACCUGGUCCAGGAUUUACUGAGGGUGGAGGACCAACGUGUGGCCUAUCUGCUGGAGGGACAGGUCCUGAUGGGCCUCAACACUGGCACAGCAAAACUACAGGUGAUGUCUCCUCUGUCUGACUCGAUCCUGGCUGAGCGAAUGGUCAGGGUUCUGGAUGACAAAGUGAGCGUGACAGAGCUGGGAGUGCAGCUGGUGUCUGGCCUCUCUCUGUCCCUCCAGCUCAGCCCAGGGAGUAACAGGGCCAUCGUCGCCACUGCUACCACACAGGAAGUCAUGCAGAGACUCAAACAGGAAUCCCUCAUCAGUGCCUGGCUCCAGUUCAGCGACGGCUCCAUGACUCCUCUGGACCACUACGACCCCGCCCACUUUGUGCUCACAGCCACCUCAUUGGACGAGCAGGUGGUAUCGGUACGGCGCAGUGCGGAGUGGAAGUGGCCGGUCAUCGUGGCAAACGGCGAAGGUCAGGGGUUACUGGUGCGUGUAGAGAUGACAUCAUCAGAGAUCUGCCAGAAGACAAAGCGACGCACCAUUCUGGCAGCCGGGGUGGGAAAUGUCUGCGUUAGGUUUGGCCGCUCUGAGGAGCCAUACAGCCACCCUGGAGGCAAAACACGACCAGACCCGCCCUACUACGGAGGCUCCAUUUCUGACAUUGAGGCUGGGAUCAUGAACCGGGGGGCCACGACAGUCAAGACCCCUAUUCCGGUGAGGCCCAAUGGGGACAGGCUGUCGGCCGACGGAAGAGACCCUGGGGGGUUCUCUGAGUUCCCUGUCCAGGAGGAGCUGCCACGGGGCCGCAGCACGGACGAGGAUCUGUUGUCAUCACGCCGCAGCCUCACUGACCUGGAGAUCGGUAUGUACGCACUGCUGGGGGUCUUCUGCCUGGCCAUUCUGGUCUUCCUCAUCAACUGCAUCUCCUACACCCUCAAGUACCGCCAUAAAGAGCUGCCCUUGGAGGCCCCCGAGGCAAUGCCCCAUGCCCAUGACUGGGUGUGGCUUGGCCAGGAGGAGGGCCUGUGUCUGCAGCAGCAGCAGGACGAGCUGGGCAGCACCCUGGAAGAGGGCAGCCAGUUGCUGAACGGCGGUGUUCUGAAGGGCAGUGCCCAGGGAGGCUGCCCGGGAGGCAGGAACGAGUCACUCAACUCACCUACCACCAAGAGGAAGAGGGUCAAAUUUACUACCUUCGCCAACAUCAAGCCCAGUAACGGAUGCCCAGUUUUAAGCCCGCUGGCACUCGGACAGACCACCGACAUUAAGUGGGUAUGUCCGGACAUCGAGCUGGGGGACUCGCAAGAGCUCCGGAAUUACAUGGAGAGGUUGAACGAGAAUGCUACAAAAAACAUUGUAUAGAGGGCUUGAUUUUUUUGUGGACAAAUGAGUAACUCUAACUCACCCGAAUGCCUUCAGAGUAAGAAGGGAGUAAGGGGUGCUUUUUACUGAAACUGGUUGGCACUGUAUCACGCCAUGACAACAAGAUGGAACAUUCCAGCAAGUGUUGUUUCCAUGGUAACUGUUGUAAUAGUUGAUGAUCAUAAGUGAGGUGGGGGGUGGGAAUUGCCAUGACACCACAUUGGAUAUGUGGGAAUUUGUGGACUUGAAUGUUACUUUAAUUAGUUUAGAUGUCUGUUCCCUUGUCUUUAAUUAAAGAAAAGCUUACAGUGCAUUCAGAAAGUAUUCAGACCCCUUCACUUUUUCCACAUUUUUUACGUUACAUCCUUAUAUAUACAUAUUUUUUCUCCUCAUCAAUCUAAACACAAUAUCCCAUAACGACAAAGCAAAAACAGGUUUUUUGACAUUUUUGCAAAUGUAUUACAAAUAAAAAACAAAUACCUUAUUUACAUAAGCAUUCAGACCCUUUUCUAUGAUACUCGAAAUUGAGCUCAGGUACAUCCUGUUUCCAUUGAUCAUUACUGAGAUGUUUCUACAACUUGAAUGGUGUCCACCUGUGGUAAAUUCAAUUGAUUGGACAUGAUUUGGAAAAGCACACAAUUGUCUAUAUAAGGUCCCACAGUUGACAUUGCAUGUCAGAGAAGAAAAAAAACCAAUGAGGUCGAAGGAAUUGUCCGUAGACCCCCGAGACAGGAUUGUGUCGUGCCACAGAUCUGGGGAACGGUACCAAAAAAUGUCUGCAGCAUUGAAGGUCCCCAAGAACACAGUGGCUUCAAUGAUUCUAAAAUGGAAGAAGUUUGGAACCACCAAGACUCUUCCUAGAGCCGGCUGCCCGGCCAAACUGAGCAAUCGGGGGAGAAGGGCCUUGGUCGGGGAAGUGACCAAUAACCCGAUGGUCACUCUGACAGAGCUAUAUCUCUGUGGAGAUGGGAGAACCUUCCAGAAGAACAACCAUCUCUGCAGCACUCCAGCAAUCAGGCCUUAAUGCUAGAGUGGCCAGACGGAAGCCACUCCUCAGUAAAAGGCACCUGAAAGCCUGACAGCACCACCCAUCACCUGGCAAAUUACCAUCCCUACGGUGAAGUAUGCUGGUGGCAGCGUCAUGCUGUGGUGAUGUUUUUCAGCAGCACGGUCUGGGAGACUAGUCAGAAUUGAGGGAAAGAUGAAUGGAGCAAAGUACAGAGACCAGGACCUGGACCUCAGACUGGGGCGAAGGUUCACCUUUUAACAGGACAACAACUCUAAGCACACAGCCAAGACAAAGCAGGAGUGGCUUCGGGACAAGUUCCUGAAUGUCCUUGAGUGGCCCAGUCAGAGCCCGGACUUGAACCCGAUCUAACAUCUCUGUAGAGACCUGAAAAUAGCUGUGCAGCAACGCUCCCCAUCCAACCUGACAGAACUUGAGAACUGCAGAGAAAAAUGGGAGAAACACCCGAAAUACAGGUGUGCCAAGAUUGUAGCGUCAUGCCCAAGAAGACUCAAGGCUGUAAUUGCUGCCAAACCUGUUUUUGCUUUGUCAUUAUGGGGUAUUGUGGGUAGACUUAUGAGGGAGAAAACUAUUUAAUCAAUUUUGGAAUAAGGCUGUAAUGUAACAAAAUGUUGAAAAAGUGAAGGGGUCUGAAUACUUUCCGAAUGCACUGUUUCAUUUUGUUAUCAUGCACAGCUCUCUUUGUUAACUUUUUAAAUCAUGAUUUCCUUAUACUAUUGUACCGUUCCCCAUGAUGUGGUUGCUUUUUUUCUAGUCAUGCCCUGAAAAUACUUCAAAUCUGUAAAAUAGUCAUAAAAAAUUUCAAUUUCUUUUGCGUACACAUGAAGCUCUCAGAUUUUCGGAUGUUAAGCAAUUAUAGAUUCUAUGAGAAUAGUGUUCAAAGCUAUCAAAGUUGUAAAUAAGUCAAGCAGAAAUACUGGUUUGGAGUACGUGAGACAACAUUUUGUAAAGUAUUCUGUAUUUUUGUACAUAUUUCUUUAGUCUGUCCUUCUUUUUGAGUUACAUUUUUUUCUCCAGAGACCAACAUGCAUGUUAGUGAAAACAAAACCCAAGCCUGGCUUAGUUCCUGUUGAUCCAUCAGAAUUAAAUGUGUACAUACUGCACAGUCUUCCCUAUGAGACACAAGCAUCUCUCACACACCUCCCUAUCAAAGACAUGACAUUCAUUUUAUAGCUGAGCUCCAGGUAUUAUUAUUCUUUUUUUCUUAAUUUUCUUUCCUUUUUCCUUUUUAUUUGUAUUUCUCCUUUACUUUUUUACUUGUAUUUUCUUUCGUUAUCUCUUUAUUAAUAGAAAGCAACACCAAUGUCUCCUCCUCAAUGUUUGUCACAUUAUUUUGUUAUUUUGUUGAUUCACUCAACUGAUUUGAAUAUUUAGUUUAAACCUGUAGCCUACAUGCAGGUUUUCACACUCCUUAUGUCAUUAAUUUCAUUCUGAACCUACAUUACAUGCAAUUGUUGGUGAGCAUAAUUUCUGAUAUCUUGUUCUAAUCCCCAUGUUGGAUCUAUUUAUUUCUCUUUCAGAAGGACCAUAAUAACUGCAGAUUAUUACACUAACACUGAGCCAUAAAACCUUAACACACAAUAUAGUUCAGGUCUAUUAUCAGAACUAAUGGUUGGAGUAGAUAAGUAUAGAAUCCCAGUGGAGAAAAUUGGUUGAAAUGACAUAAUUUCAACCACAAACUGUUUGAAAUAACAUUUUUAUGACAUCAUUUAAACCAUUUGAAUAGUAGUAUAGGGAUAGUAGUAUACGGAUACACUAAACUUCCCUUCAAUGACAUGAGCUGCUGAGUUCUAGAUGGAAUAGUAAUUGGCUACAUGGCAUAACACCUGACUCCAACAUCCCAAUCCUCUCCCUAUCCAUAUUCCCCUCCAUAUCCCCAUGCCCUCCUUUCCCAUCAGUCAGAUCCAUAGAUGUCCAUCCCUUACUGUUUUCAGAAUGGCCUCUGGAUUGAUUAAAACUAAAGGUGAUACCUCUC